UCCUCUCGCUCAUAGGCGCCCUCUACUGGCCAGGCGGCGCGGGCGCAGCCGCUGCUCUCCUCCUGGAGCUGCCGGACCACUCAAUCCAGGCGUAAUUCAGGAAUCAGGACUCACUCACACACAUUCCUCCUCCAAGUGUGAAGCAAGCCGGCAAGGAGCAGCCGUGCCGGCGACAGUCUCCUCUCACUCACUGACAGCACGCCAAGUGACGGAGGGCUGGGCGAAGACACUUUAGUAUUUUUUUUUUGUACUCCUGAAAGUAUAGGUAGGAUUCAAGUUCCAGCGCAGACAGAAGAGUUGCCAGUUAACCCCGCGGCUGGGGGGGUUAACGCUACGACGGCGUUGCCGACAUGGAUAAAGUUAUCAAUUGCUUGUUUGCUGCAAUAACCCUGCUGUUGUCCGUCCGAGGUGAAGUUUUUAAAGGCGAUUGUAACUUUGAGAAGCCGCUGGCAGCGUGCGGAUACAGCCAAGGCCGAGACGAUGACCUUGACUGGCAGCAGGCCAACGCUAGAGAGAAGCCUUCAUCGGAGCCGUGGGUGCCCUCAGGUUCAGGCUUUAUGAUGGUGAACACAUCCGGACGCUUCGCAGGGCAGAAGGCCUUGCUGCUGACUCCCCAGCUGAAGGAGAAUGACACCCACUGCGUUAUCUUCAACUACUACAUAGGGGGCAGGGACAACAGCCACCCGGGUCACCUUAAUGUCUACAUCAAAGAAAACAACAGUCCCAUGGGGAUGCCCGUUUGGAACGUGUCAGGUCCUGCCACCCGCUCCUGGGGACAGGUGGAGCUGGCCAUCAGCACCUACUGGCCCAACUUCUAUCAGAUUGUGUUUGAAGCCGUAACCUCGGGGCAGCGGGGCUUGCUGGCCAUCAAAGACGUCGUGGUCCAGGGCCACCAGUGCAUGAAUACUCCACACUUUCUGACUAUAAAGGGAGUGGAGGUCAAUGCCGGACAGACUGCAUCUUUUCACUGCACCGUUAAUGGACGAAAGAGAGACAAUUUCCGCCUCUGGCUUCAGGGCAUCGGUGGACGGGAGGCUCCAAUGAAAGCCACUAAACCUUGGAACAACCGACGCUUCAUAGGCACUUUCGAUGUGGAGAACACAACCAAGGGCGACUCGGGCCGCUACCGCUGCAUUGUCCACUCAGACAAAGGGGUUGGAGUGUCCAAUUACGGGGAACUAACCAUAAAACAGCCCCCCGUGCCAAUUGCACCGCCGCAGCUGACUGCUGUCGGCGCCACCUAUCUUUGGAUCCAGCUAAACGCCAACUCCAUCAACGGGGACGGUCCAAUAAUUGACAGGGAGGUGGAGUACCGCACCGUCUCUGGCACCAUGUACGACCUGCAGCCCGUGGACAAGACCACGCACAAGAUCGGCCACCUGGACCCGGACACAGAGUAUGAGAUCAGCGUUCUGCUGACCAGACCUCUGGAGGGAGGCACCGGAGCUCCCGGACCGCCUCUGAGGGCCAGGACCAGAUGUGCUGAGCCCAUGCACGGUCCGCGGCGCCUGGAAGUGGUGGACAUCCAGUCCAAACAGGUGACGGUGCGCUGGGAACCUCUGGGCUACAACGUGACCCGCUGCCACAGCUACAACCUGACCGUCCAGUACCGCUCCAGAGUGUCUGGCAAGGACGAGACCCGGGAGGAGGUGUGUUAUGACACUCAGAGCCGUGAUCCCCAGCACACCAUCCACAACUUGACACCCUUCACCAACCUCAGCGUCAAGCUGGUGUUGCGCAACCCAGAGGGUGUCAAGGAGAGCACCGAGUUGGAGGUUCAGACUGAUGAGGAUGUACCGGGGGCCAUUCCUCUUGAGUCCAUUCAGGGCAGCGCCUACGAGGAGAAAAUCAUCCUGAAGUGGAGGGAACCCGCACAGACCUACGGAAUCAUCACCCAGUUUGAGAUCUCCUACAAGGCGGUGAGCUCCUUUGACCCCGAGCUGGACCUCUCCAACCAGAGUGGCAAGGUGGUGAAGCUGGGUAACGAGACCACCCACAUGUUCACGGGCCUCUACCCGGGAUCCACGUACUCCUUCACCCUGCGUGCUAGCACAGCCAAGGGCUACGGUCCCCCUGUCAUCACCCAGUUCACCACCAAGAUUUCAGCUCCCUCGAUGCCAGCGUACGACCAGGAGACGUCCCUGAACCAGACGGACAGCACCGUCACCGUGCUGCUCAAACCGGCCCAGAGCAGAGGGGCACCCGUCAGCGCGUACCAGGUGGUGGUGGAGGAGGAACGUCCACGCAGAGCGCGGGGCACGGCAGAAAUCCUGCGCUGCUACCCAGUUCCCAUUCACUUCCAGAACGCCACGCUCCUGAAUUCGCAGUACUACUUCACUGCUCAGUUCCCUGCCGGCGGCAUCCACUCGCCCCAGCCCUUCACCGUGGGAGACAACAAGACCUACAACGGUUACUGGAACGCCCCUCUACUGCCGCAGAAGAGCUACAGUAUCUAUUACCAGGCUGUCAGCACUGCCAACGGGGAGACCAAAAUCGACUGCGUUCGAGUUGCCACCAAAGCCGCCAUACUCGUGACUCAGCUCACAACCCCCUACAUCCGCAUCGCCCCAGCGGCCGGUGACAACCAACUAACAGGGGCAGCCACUCACAAACCUGACGCGGUGGAGCCGGAGAAACAAACGGACCACACAGUGAAGAUCGCAGGGGUCAUCGCCGGCAUCCUCCUGUUCGUCAUCAUCUUCUUGGGAGUGGUACUCCUCAUGAAGAAAAGAAGAACCUAUCACUCCUACACUUACUACCUGAAAUUGGCUAAGAAGCGUAAGGAGACUCUGAACAGCACCCGCCAGGAGAUGACAGUGAUGGUCAACUCCAUGGACAAGAGCUACACGGAGCAGGGGACCAACUGUGACGAGGCGCUGUCCUUCAUGGACACGCACAACCACACGUUGAACACACGCAGCGAGUGCGCGCUCACGCUCAACGGCCGCAGCGAGUGCACGCUAACCCUCAACGGUAGAGCUGGAUCAUCGCCCUCUUCCUUCACACUGCCCAAAGCCAACACUCUCUCUACGUCCAUCCCCACCAACUCGUACUACCCAGAUCCUUUCGUGCCAACCGCUAUCUUAGUGCCCAUUAAUGAUGAGAGUCAGAACAUGGGAAGCGACACCAGCAGCCUGGUGCAGUCCCACACCCACUCCCUGAGGAAGCGCGAGCCCGUGGACGUGCCGUACCAGACGGGUCAGCUUCACCCCGCGAUCCGCGUGGCCGACCUCCUCCAGCACAUCACGCAGAUGAAGUGCGCCGAGGGCUACGGCUUCAAGGAGGAGUACGAGAUAAACGAGAGCUUUUUUGAGGGACAGUCGGCACCGUGGGACUCCGCCAAAAAGGAUGAGAACCGCAUGAAGAACCGAUACGGGAAUAUUAUUGCAUAUGAUCACUCCCGUGUCAGGCUGCAGGCCCUGGAGGGGGAACAGAGCUCCGAUUACAUUAAUGCAAAUUACGUUGAUGGCUACCACAGGCCAAAUCACUACAUCGCCACCCAAGGCCCCAUGCAGGAGACGGUCUUCGACUUCUGGAGGAUGGUCUGGCAGGAGAACACGGCAGCUAUCGUCAUGGUGACCAACCUGGUGGAAGUGGGAAGGGUGAAGUGCUGUAAAUACUGGCCCGAUGACACCGAGAUCUACAGAGACAUCAAAGUGACGCUGAUAGAGACGGAGCUGCUGUCAGAGUAUGUCAUCAGGACCUUCGCCGUGGAGAAGAGGGGUGCUCACGAGAUCCGGGAGAUCAGACAGUUUCACUUCACGGGCUGGCCGGACCACGGCGUGCCCUAUCACGCCACGGGCCUGCUGGGGUUUAUUAGGAGAGUCAAGUCCAAGACUAUGACCAACGCUGGGCCCAUGGUGGUUCACUGCAGCGCUGGGGCCGGUCGGACGGGCUGCUUCAUCGUCAUCGACAUCAUGCUGGACAUGGCAGAGAGGGAGGGAGUGGUGGACAUCUACAACUGUGUGAGGGAGCUGCGCUCGCGGCGGGUCAACAUGGUCCAGACUGAGGAGCAGUAUGUCUUCAUCCAUGAUGCCAUUUUGGAGGCAUGUCUUUGUGGCGACACCACCAUCCCCGCCAAUCAGCUGCGCUCCGUCUACUACGACAUGAACCGGCUGGACCCGCAGACCAACUCCAGCCCCAUCAAGGAGGAGUUUAGGACUCUGAACAUGGUGACUCCGACGCUGCGGGUGGAGGACUGCAGCAUCGCCCUGCUGCCCAGGAACCACGAGAAGAACCGGUGCAUGGACGUCCUGCCCCCGGACCGCUGCCUCCCCUUUCUCAUCACCAUCGACGGCGAGAGCUCCAAUUACAUCAACGCCGCCCUCAUGGAUAGUUACAAGCAGCCCUCUGCAUUCAUAGUGACCCAGCACCCGUUGCCAAACACAGUGAAGGACUUCUGGAGACUGGUGCUGGACUACCACUGCACGUCCAUAGUGAUGCUCAACGAUGUGGACCCAGCCCAGUUGUGCCCACAGUACUGGCCAGAAAAUGGUGUCCACCGCCACGGGCCCAUCCAAGUGGAGUUCGUCUCUGCCGACCUAGAGGAGGACAUCAUCAGCAGAAUAUUUCGGAUCUACAAUGCAGCUCGGCCUCAGGACGGCUACCGGAUGGUGCAGCAGUUCCAGUUCCUGGGCUGGCCCAUGUACAGGGACACGCCCAUGUCCAAGCGCUCCUUCCUCAAGCUCAUCCGACAGGUGGACAAGUGGCAAGAGGAGUACGACGGGGGCGAGGGACGCACUGUGGUCCACUGUCUGAACGGAGGCGGCCGCAGUGGGACAUUCUGCGCCAUCAGCAUCGUGUGCGAGAUGCUUCAGCACCAGCGCUCUGUGGACGUUUUCCACGCCGUCAAAACACUGAGGAACAACAAACCCAACAUGGUGGAUCUGCUGGACCAGUACAAGUUCUGCUAUGAAGUAGCACUGGAGUACUUGAACUCUGGGUAACUCGGAGCCGCCACCACAAAAGAAAAGUUUGGGACAUUACAAACGAACGCAGCUCACAUGUGUGCAUUACGCUAUGAGUGUGUGUGUGUGAACAAGGUACACACACGACCAUACAUGCAGCUCCUCUGACCAGCUCUCCUCUUGUCCUCGGUCUAGGCAGGAAAGGAUAGCAGAGUUGUACAGUGUUAAAUACCACAGCGUGUUUCUGUAAGGAAGCCAGCAGAGGCACAAUGAGUUUAGAAUUUUUUUUUUUUUUUUUUUUCCCUCCUUCUCAGCAGUGAGUCGCCUCCUCUCUGGAUCCCUAUUCCUCUCUCUCUUUCUUUCUCAGCUGCCUGUAGUCCCGUGGUUGUUGCCUUGAUCCUCACUGGACGACGAGAAAAAAACCCUUUCACGGAACGCGAUUCGCGCUGUACAUAAGGACUUCCGUUUUGCUCAGCUCAUUAUUAAAAGUCAUCCGGCGCAGGAGCUCAAAGCCUAAAUGUUGCUAAAUGUCCUGUAAAUUUAUGACUUCUAGAUGCUUCAUACUGUUCGUCGGGGACAAGCUGGCUCAGUCUACAUCCGCUUACAUUAUUUCCUGAACAGGGAUCCAAAGCUUUAUUUGCACUCCCAUUGAAUUCUUGCUGUGCAUAUUGUACAUAUUACUGUAGAUUAUUUAUUCACGGUAUGUACUUUUUUGGUGACUCAAAGUAAGUGACAAUCAUAUGUUCUAUUGGGUUUGGUUUACUGACUGUACUGUGUGCUUUUGUUUGCGGUCAUCUUGUAUGACAGAUUAAUUCCAUUGUAAAGAAGAAAAAAAAAGAUAUUAUAUAAAUGUAUCUACAAUA